AGUUUAACCGCACAUAAUCGCUUACCGACAAACCGAGCUAUCAAUCUUUUCAGACUUUGUUAGUAAUUUAAGGUAAACAUGUAAACAUGUUUUUAUAUGUAAAUUGAGUGAAAAUACUUCAACAUUAAAUUCAAAAUGGAUGAAACUGAUUUUGAUAAUUUGGACAAUCUCAGCACGACAACUCAAACAUCACCAAACGUGUAUACAAUUCUUGAAUCACAUAAGCGGAAUGGCAUAAACACACCCAGAAAAGUUCAUGGUGAUCGGUAUCUGAAGAGAUCGUCAGUUUGUUUGAUGAUAUUUUUUAUCCUGAACGUUGCUGCAAUUUGUUGCAUCGGAUGCGGAGUUCUUGUGUUUCUUCUGACCAAUAAAAACACGGAAUGCAAAGUGAUCCUCCCAUCAGACUUUGCCAUUUCCGAGAAACAAGUGCAAAGUCCAGAAAUCGAAGCGGCAGCUGAAAAGGAAAACUCAGACGAAGGGAUCAAUGCUAUAUCAAUUGUUAGCCAAGGUUGUCAUGGUAACUGGAUAGAGUACGGCAACUCGUGCUACUUGUUCAGUAACGAAUCUGUCACGUGGUUAACUGCAUUGACUCGUUGCCAAAAUGAAGGGGGUUAUCUUGCCGGGAUUAAAUCAGAGGCAGAAGAUGAGUUUGUGAGACAAUAUGUCAAACACGUUCAAAAAUCGGAUUGUUAUCAAAAUAAGUCAAGUGAAUAUAAUGGAGUGCGGCAGACGACAUAUGACGGUCACGUGUGUCAACGAUGGGAUUCACAGACGCCGCAUAUUCAUACGCGGAACAAAGCGGAAACAUUCCCAGACAAGACUCUAGUCAAUGCCUCUAAUUAUUGUCGUGAUCCAGACGGUGAGGGGUUUCCUUGGUGCUACACAACAGAUCCGAAAAUAAGAUGGCAACAUUGUGGAAUUUAUAGCUGCACUGGUGGUGACUUCUGGAUUGGGCUUGUAACGCUUGAAGGACAGUGGAAAUGGAUGAACGAGAAAACAGAAGACACACAUUAUACUCACUGGGCAGACGGCAAACCCACGAAAGGAAUGUGUGGUUACAUGGCGGGAACAUUGGGAUUUUCCUGGAAUGCUCAAAGUUGUGAAUAUCCGGCAAUGUACGUGUGUGAAAAGUCAAGUGCUUCACAGUUCCCAGCAUAAGAUAUUUUUGGAGCAGACGAUAUUCUUUUGUCAUAAAAACAUGUAUAUUUAUUUUCAGACGCUGAACGCACAAAGUCAAAAAACAAUGCACGUUAUUUAUCCUACUGAAUUUGUUUUAUGCAUUUGCCAAGCUUCGUAUUUGCAUCAGCUGUUUUUUUUAAAUUUUAUGAAUUUUAAUAUCAAAAUAUUAAAAAUUGAGGUACUAACGAUAACGAGCCUGGUUACGCUGCACGGACAUGUCUUGCUCUAUUUAUAUUACUUGCCAAGUCAAGACACUUCCGGUGCCACCAAAUUAAGGGUUCACUGCUAAAGAUCUGUCGUAAUUUCAUGUAUAAUUAAUAAGCACAUGUAUAUAUGCAUUCCUAAUUGAGGAUGAACAAAAUGAAGAAAUACAAUUAACAUUUUGUAAAUUGAUUGAUGCAAAUAUGUAAAUAUGUUCAAACGCAAAAAUAUUUCACAUAAUAUCAACAGUUUAAUUUUGCUGUCAAUAGGUUUUGCGUUUUCUUUGUAAUUACUUUGGUAAUGAUGUAUUCCGAAUUACUCCGAAAUACUGAUGCCUUUUAUAAUGUUAUGAUAGACAUGUAGAUAUCAUAACUUGUAUAUGUUUUAUUCACAUAUAUAUGUACACGCUAUAAAUCUAUUUUAUUUGGAACGUAGUAGUUGUUAAUAAUUUGCUUUUUGAUUACAAAAGCAAUUCUGACAAUACAGUGAGUGUUUUUGUAUACACGCAAUGCAUUAUGCAUGUAGAAAUAAAUCAUUGUAUUACAAUUGAAUUAAAAAUACGCAAGAAAAAAUGUUUUUUUUA